UGGUUGGGCUUCGCCACCUUCGAGCUGUUCCUGCACGGGCUGGCCCUGCUCGUCUUCUCGGUGCUCCUGGUCCUGAAGGUGGACGGCGCCUCCCCGGCGCUCUCCUGGUGGGUGGUCUUCGUGCCCUUCUUCGCCGCCGACGGCCUCAGCACCUACUUCACCACCAUCGUCUCGGUGCGGCUCUUCCAGGACGGGGAGAAGCGCUUGGCCGUGCUGCGACUCUUCCUCAGCCUCAAGUUCGUCUUCGAGAUGCUGCUGUGCCAGAAGCUGGUGGAGCACACCCGGGAGCUCUGGUACGGGCUCAUCAUGUCGCCCGUCUUCAUCCUCCUCCAGCUGCUCAUGAUCCGAGCCUGCCGGGUGAACUGA